CACAUUGACGUCCACAAUCGAUACACUCGAUUGCAUGUGAUAGAGAAAAUGUACGUCAUGUGAUUGUGGUACUAUUUUUUUCGCACGAAGCAGUCACCUGUCAGCCGAGAAAAAUACAAUUACGCCAGCAAACUGCACACAGAUAAAUUAACUCGUGCAAGAUGGCGGCCCAAAUACGCACUGUCGUUACGAACACAUUUCUCACGCUCUUUGUCAGCGUAGCCGUCGUACUCAUUCUUUACUAUGUUUUCAAUGGGCAGGGCGAGCGUGUCAGCGUUGGCUGGUUCCUGAGCACAACGAGUCCCUAUAUGUGGGCCUGUCUCGGCAUCGGACUCUCCGUCUCCCUAUCUGUGGUGGGCGCCGCAUUGGGCAUUCACACAACUGGCACAAGCAUUGUGGGCGGAGGCGUGAAGGCGCCUCGCAUUAAGACCAAGAACUUGAUUUCGGUCAUUUUCUGCGAGGCUGUGGCCAUUUAUGGCCUGAUUACGGCUAUUGUGCUGUCCGGCCAGCUGGAUCAGUUCCAGAUGAGUGUGGUGCUAAAUAAUCAGGCGCUACAAAACUCAAAUUGGCUCUCGGGUUACCUCAUCUUUGGCGCCGGCCUUGCCGUCGGCCUUGUCAAUUUAUUCUGUGGCAUUGCGGUCGGUAUUAUCGGCUCUGGCGCGGCGCUGUCGGAUGCAGCCAAUGCGGCACUUUUCGUCAAAAUUUUAAUUGUGGAAAUUUUCGGUUCGGCCAUCGGUCUCUUCGGCCUCAUCGUCGGCAUCUACAUGACGUCCAAGUCCAAGAUGGGCGACAAGGAAUAAAGUGCACUGCAGCUGCCACACAAACUUAAAGCAUUUUGGCUUUCAGCGUUUGUUAUCACGCGACCCCUCAAACAACCAACAAACAAAAAGAAGAUAAAAAAUAAAUCAUUCAGUCAUUCCCACAGUAAAAACGAAACACAUCAACAGCAGUGUUUCACCAUUUUUUGGAAAUUACAACAAAUUGUUUGUUCAGUUACAGUUACCAGAGCCACGCUUCAACAUGGGACUUUAGUUACUUAUUAAGUUAAAAGUGUUAAAUGGUUUAAUUUUCUCGUUGCGCACAUUCCGCCAAUUAUCAGCAUCAACUAACAAUCAAUUGGCGCCCGAAUGUGCGUCGUGCGAAAAUUGCAAAUAUUAUUUAUGAUUAAUUUGGCUUUUGUAAGAAAAGCGAAGUUUCAAAAUAUUAGUACGAAAGAAAGACGUGUGUGUAUGAUUAUUGUAUAAGUUGUUGUUAUAAGUACCUAUCUAUAUAUAUAUAUGUUCUUUUGGCACUUGUAUUUCUAACAUGUAUUAUACUAUUAACUACAAAUAAAGGUAAAAACUGUAUAUUUUAUGCUACUGUUAAAUCAGAAGUAUGUAAUAGUA